AUGAGCUCCCUCGCGUACUUCGAUAAGGUGGAGGAGCACAUCGAGAAAGAGUCGGAGCGGGCGAAGCAGUGCCUGAACGAGUCUACCGUGAUUUCCAUCGUGCGUGUCCUCGAGACAGAGCUCAUUGGCGAAUGCAUGAAUGACAUCUUGGAAAAAGAGGGCCCUGGUAUCGAGCUCAUGCUCCAGAACUGGAUGAUGGAGGACCUCGCGCAUGCAUUUCGCCUCGUCAACCGAGUUCAGGGUGGCCAGAAAUCUUUCUUCAAGUGCGUCAGCAAGCACCUACGCGAUAUAGGAAGCUUAAUAGUGAGGGAAGAGGGAGACGGAGUGGGCCUAAUCCCGAGACUGAUAGAGCUGAAAUCGCGCGUCGACCGCAUUCUGCGCCAUUGCUUCGACGGAGACUACUUGGCCGAGCAGGUGAUCGCCAAAGAUAUCGAACACAUACUCAGCCUGACCGAAAAGUCGCCCGAGCUUCUGUCUGCAUUUGUGGACGACACGUUACGACGCGGGAUACUGCGCAUGACGGAUCAGGAGAUUGACAGUUUACUGAAAAAGGUGGCAGAGAUAUUUGGGUUCUUGCCGGACAAAGACCUUUUCGUGAGCUCCUACACGCAACACUUGGCUAAGAGGCUGCUCAGCCUGCUGGAAACACUAUUCAAGGAUUUGUACCACUCGGAUGCCCUCACUCAGGAGUUCAACGAAGCCGUGUCUUCUUCAAGAAUGAGUUUGAACAAACUUCACCUGAAUGUGCGCGUGCUGACGGCGGGUUUCUGGCCCCUGUCUUGGGCCACGCAGCCCAGCAACAUCCCAACUGUACCGGGCAAGGCUUUUGAGACGUUCCGACGGUUCUACCUCGCCAAGUACAAGGUCCGGCAACUGACCCUGCAGCCACAACUCGGCAGUGCAGACAUGAAUGCCGUCUUUUACGGGCCGUGGGAGGAACCUUCUCCAUCACGAGAUGCGAACUCAUCCGCCAGCAAGCCGCGCACCUACACCAUACAGGUGUCUACGCCCCAGAUGUGCGUGUUGAUGCUGUUUAACAACCACGACAAGCUUACGUUCGCGGACAUCGCCUCCGAGACCAACUUCCCCGAGAAGGACCUGACGCAGGCCUUGCACUCUCUGUGCUCGGGCAAGAGCUGCGGACCAGUUCUUACCAAGACGCCGGCCACGGAGCAGAUUGAAGACUGUCACGUUUUCGCCGUGAACGAUGCCUUCACGGCCACUGGGAAGGAGGUGAAAGUUCAGUCAGCGUGUGGUCGAAAAGAAUCCGCCUCAACCAGCUGCACCGACACAAAGGCUCGCAUUGACGAAGAACGAAAGUACAAUAUCGACGCGGCGAUCGUGAAGGUGAUGAAAUCACGCCGAAUGCUGUCACACGAGAACCUCGUGAUCGAGGUGACUGAGCUGCUUCGAGCCAGGUUUACGCCCAGCCCAGGUGCGCUCAAGAAACGAGUCGAUGCGCUUAUAGAAAGGGAGUACAUGGAAAGAGAGACCAAGGACCCGCACUUAUACGUCUAUAUUCCUUGA